AUUAUUUCAACACACACGCACAGCGUAAACAUUUUGUCGCAGAACCGAACACGUCAGCUACGCGGAUUGAUUGAAAACCAGCUUUCCGAGCGCCCCGCAACUCCGAUCCGUAGCAGCAGACCAUCCUGCGCCGUCCGCAUCCGAUCCGCCAAGUAUUUACCCAGGGCCCAAACGUCGAGAGCAGCUGCAAAAUGGUACUCAUUGCUGCGGCUGUUUGCACGAAGAAUGGCAAAGUGAUUCUGUCACGUCAGUUCGUCGAGAUGACGAAGGCCCGCAUCGAGGGACUGCUGGCCGCCUUCCCCAAGCUCAUGACCGCUGGCAAGCAGCACACCUACGUGGAGACGGACUCGGUGCGCUACGUCUACCAGCCGAUGGAGAAGCUCUACAUGCUGCUCAUCACCACAAAGGCCAGCAACAUCCUGGAGGAUCUGGAGACGCUGCGUCUCUUCUCGAAAGUGAUCCCCGAGUACAGCCACUCGCUGGACGAGAAGGAGAUCGUGGAGAACGCCUUCAACCUGAUCUUCGCCUUCGACGAGAUCGUGGCCCUCGGCUACAGGGAGAGCGUCAACCUGGCCCAGAUCAAGACCUUCGUGGAGAUGGACUCGCACGAGGAGAAGGUCUACCAGGCGGUGCGGCAGACGCAGGAGCGCGAGGCGCGCCAGAAGAUGCGCGAGAAGGCCAAGGAGCUGCAGCGGCAGCGCAUGGAGGCCAGCAAGCGGGGCGGCCCCUCGCUGGGCGGCAUGGGCGGCCGCAGCGGCGGCUUCAGCGCCGACAGCUUCGGCAGCAGUGGCGUGAGCAGCGGCGGCUCCGGCGGCGGCGGCUCCAGCGCCUCCAUCGGCAUAACCUCCAUCGACGUGGACACCAAAUCCAAGGCGGCUGCCAAACCAACUUCGCGCAAUGCCCUCAAGCUGGGCGGCAAGUCCAAGGACGUGGACAGCUUUGUGGACCAGCUGAAGAGCGAGGGGGAGAAGAUUGCCAACCUGGCACCGGCGGCGCCCGCCGGAAGCUCCAGUGCUGCGGCCAGCGCCAGUGCAGCAGCCAAGGCGGCCAUCUCGGCGGACAUUCACAAGGAGAGCGUGCAUCUGAAGAUCGAGGACAAGCUGGUGGUGCGCCUGGGACGCGAUGGCGGCGUGCAGCAGUUCGAGAACUCGGGCCUGCUGACGCUGCGCAUCGCGGACGAGGCCUACGGCCGCAUCUUGCUCAAGCUGUCCCCCAACCACACACAGGGCCUGCAGCUGCAGACGCACCCCAACGUGGACAAGGAGCUCUUCAAGUCGCGCACCACCAUCGGGCUGAAGAACCUGGGCAAGCCGUUCCCCCUCAACACCGACGUGGGUGUGCUCAAGUGGCGCUUCGUCUCGCAGGACGAGUCGGCCAUUCCGCUAACCAUCAACUGCUGGCCAUCGGAUAAUGGAGAGGGCGGCUGCGACGUGAACAUCGAGUACGAACUGGAGGCGCAGCAGCUGGAGCUGCAGGACGUGGCCAUUGUCAUUCCCUUGCCAAUGAAUGUCCAGCCAUCGGUGGCCGAGUACGACGGAACCUACAACUACGAUGCACGCAAGCAUGUGCUCCAGUGGCACAUCCCCAUCAUCGAUGCCGCCAACAAGUCCGGGUCCAUGGAGUUCAGCUGCAGUGCCUCCAUUCCGGGCGACUUCUUCCCCCUGCAGGUGUCCUUCGUCUCGAAGACGCCGUACGCGGGCGUCGUGGCCCAGGAUGUGGUGCAGGUGGACAGCGAGGCGGCGGUCAAGUAUUCGAGCGAAUCUAUUCUGUUCGUCGAGAAGUACGAGAUCGUGUAGGCCGCGGCCGCACCCCCUGGCCACGCCCACCUAAGUAGUACAUAAACAUAUACCUAGAAAUCCAUUAUUUUCCGGGGCUUCGAUUCGAUACGAUUGAUUCAACUGCUGCAGCAUGUUAAAGAUUAUUUUUAUAUAUGUUUCGAACUUUGGAUAUUUAUGGCGCGCCAACAGCUUCUCAGAGCAAGUAAUUUCA